AUGGACUGGGAGAAGUCAAUGAACCGAUCCAGGGUGAACGCUUCUAUUCCAGCUUCUUCUUCAUCUCCAUUCAUGUCUGACUCUUCAUCCUCCUUUUCCUCCUCUUGCUGCAACUGUUCUCGCUCCUUCUCAACCUCCCCAUUCUCAACUCCUUCCUUUUCUGGCCUGGACCUCCUGUUCGACCUGAAGCUCCUCUUCAUCCCUCUCUACUCUGCUGUGGUCCUGAUCGCCUGCUCCGGCAACCUCCUCCUGCUCUUCCUCAUCUCGCACAACAAGAAAAGACAUAGCCCCACAAAUUUCCUCAUCAGCAAUCUGGCGCUUGUUGACCUGGUCAUGUGCAUCUUUUGUGUCCCUUUGACGGCAUCCUACACUUUUGACAAGCGUGGAUGGGUAUUUGGACCGACAUUGUGUCAUUUUGUCACUGUCAUGCAGUCUGCAGCUGUCUUCGCAGCGGUCCUGUCCCUCAUGGCCAUUGCAAUCGAUCGCUACGUCGUUGUGGCAUAUCCCAUUCGGAAAAGAGCAGGUUGCCAGUUUUGCUGGGGUCUGGUGGUCCUAAUCUGGCUUUGCUCCCUGGCUUUAUCCACACCUACAGCGCUGCACACCGUCUACCUAGACCUGCGGGCUGCAGGCCUGCAGAUGGCCGUGUGUGAGGAGUUCUGGGAUGAGCAGGAGCGAGGUCGCCUCGUCUACUCCUGUUUCAUUCUUUUCUUCUCCUACUUUGUCCCACUGGCUGCUGUCUCCAUUUCCUACUGUGCUAUAUCCUAUCAGCUGAAGCAGAGGACCACAUCUGGCUUGACAGCAUAUCCAGAACUGAAGUCUGCGCGAGCUGCCUGGAGCAGACGGAGGAGGAAGACUUUCUACCUGUUGUUGGUGUCUGUCAUCUGUUUCGCCUUCUCAUGGCUCCCCUUACAGGUGGUGAAUCUGAUCCGUGACCUGGACACAGACUUCUCCAUCUUGGGGAAGAAUUAUGUAAAUGUCAUCCAGGUGUCAAGUCACCUGUUUGCCAUGAGCUCCGCCUGCUACAACCCUUUUAUUUACGCCUCAUUACACGACAAGUUCCUGUCCUACCUGUGUCACCACUUCCUGUCCCGGAGGAGAAGAAAAUGAAAAGACCGGGGUCAAGGGUCAAGCAUCCUGACAGUGUGUCAUUGAAUGACACGUCUUCACACCUCCACCAUCGUUGCAGAUUUAACCUGUGCUGUCGUACAUAACAUGUUUCCUCAAGACAACUACGCCUAA